GAAGCACCCUGUAGAGAGCGACCAGCUCAACUGCUUUAAAGACGUCUAAAACAUGGAGGGUUGUUCUAAGUAAGGGAUUACACGCUGGAUACUUUCUGCCUCUCUCCACCUCCGGACACUCCUUCAGUGUGUGCGCUGCAUGUGGACCGAGAGGACCGGGAUCCCAGCAGACAUCCCCUGGUGGUUUAUGUUUAGGACAUGGCAACUGCUCUCAGUGGACGAAACCCUGGGGGGAGAGGACCUAACCGAAGCAAGGGCCGGAUUUUAGGAAUCAUUGAUGCUAUCCAGGAUGCAGUGGGGCCACCGAAGCAAGCAGCUGCUGACCGGAGGACUGUGGAGAAGACCUGGAAACUCAUGGAUAAAGUUGUCCGCCUCUGCCAAAAUCCCAGACUCCAGCUGAAAAACAGUCCACCGUACAUCCUGGAUAUCUUACCUGAUGCCUACCAGCACCUGCGGCUCACUCUGGGAAAAUAUGAAGAGAACCAGAGACUCACACAGCUCAGUGAGAAUGAGUUCUUCAAAGUCUACAUUGAUAGCCUUAUGAGGAAAUCUAAACGGGCCAUCCGGCUUUUUAAAGAGGGAAAGGAGAGGAUGUAUGAGGAUCAAUCACAGGACAGGAGGAACCUGACCAAGCUGUCUCUGAUCUUCAGCCACAUGCUGGCUGAAAUAAAAGCCAUCUUCCCUGGAGGACAGUUCCAGGGGGACACGUUCCGGAUCACCAAAGCUGAUGCUGCGGACUUCUGGAGGAAUUUCUUUGGAGAAAGGACAAUAGUGCCUUGGAAGGUCUUCCGUCAGUGCCUCCAUGAAGUACAUCCCAUCAGCUCGGGUCUGGAGGCCAUGGCCCUCAAAUCCACCAUCGACCUCACCUGCAACGACUACAUCUCUGUCUUUGAGUUUGACAUUUUCACACGCCUCUUCCAGCCAUGGGGAUCAAUUCUGAGGAACUGGAACUUCCUGGCAGUGACGCACCCCGGCUACAUGGCUUUCCUUACCUAUGAUGAAGUUAAAGCCAGACUGCACAAGUACAUCAACAAGCCUGGCAGUUACAUCUUCAGACUGAGCUGCACUCGGCUGGGUCAGUGGGCCAUCGGCUACGUGACCAAUGAUGGCAACAUACUGCAGACCAUCCCCCACAACAAGCCGCUGUUCCAGGCUCUCAUCGAUGGCUACAGGGAGUGCUUCUACUUGUUCCCUGAUGGUCGCAGUUACAAUCCUGACCUUACUGGUUUAUGUGAGCCAACGCCUCAUGAUCACAUCAAAGUGACACAAGAGCAGUAUGAGCUGUACUGUGAAAUGGGCUCCACCUUCCAGUUGUGUAAGAUCUGCGCUGAGAACGACAAAGACAUCAAGAUCGAACCCUGCGGUCACCUCAUGUGUACUUCCUGUCUUACAGCUUGGCAGGAAUCAGAUGGUCAGGGCUGUCCGUUCUGUCGUUGUGAGAUCAAAGGCACUGAGCCCAUCAUUGUUGAUCCCUUUGACCCCCGAAAUGAGGGCACCAAGUGCUUCUUCCUGGACCAGCUCAGCUGCCCCCUGCUGGAGCUGGAUGAGGACGAGGACCGAGAGGACUGCCUGGUCAUGAAUGGACUGGCCAACAUCCGAAAGCACUGUGCAGAGCGGCAGAACUCCCCCAUGGUGUCUCCCAGCUCUUCCCCUCUCAGCCAACACAGAAAGGUCCACGGGGGAGACCCCCACUGCGUGCAGCAUCUCGGCCUCCCCCCCGUCCCGCCACGACUCGACCUCAUCCAGAAGGGCGCCAUCCGCUCUCCAUCGGCCAGCCCCAACGGCUCCCCCAAGUCUUCACCAGGCAUGUCCAGGAAGCAGGACAAGCCCCUCCCAGCACCACCUCCUCCCCAGAGGGAACCACCUCCACCCCCUCCCCCUGAGCGUCCACCUCCCAAUCCCCCAGAGUCGCGCCAUUCCUGGGUUCCAAGUUCUUCUCCCUCGUCAUCUUCCACCGGCAUGUUGUCAGACUCACAGCCCCCCCCUGAGACACGGGGUCCCAUAGGAUCAAAGCCCCUGCCCCAGCUCCGGCACAAUGGCCCCUCUCACCCGAACGGAAGACCACUCAGUUGUCCCUCUGCUGGAUUUGGGAGGUUCCAUCAGCGAAUGGAGGGGGCUGGCCCCUCAGAGGGCUCCAAGCCCUUCUCUAAUGGUGUGCAGCUCAAUGAUGAGUAUGACAUCCUGCCCUCACAGCAAUCACCAACUCAGACCAUGCUAGCCAGUAGCCACAAACCCUCCAAUGCGUUCAGCAGCCCUGUGGUGGAGAAAAUGGAAGACAACUAUCAGAUCCCUUCAUCCAACCUCUGUCUGAGCCAGGCCCCCAUCUGCAUCUCUGUACCCAGCAGGCCCUUUGAGAGCAGCUCUUUAGAGCCCAGUAUGGAGGAGAAAAAGCUCCAGCCCCCUGAUCCUGGUGGACCCUCUGAGUUGGUCAGGCAGGGGGUCUCACGGGUUGCCCAUCGUGCCCUCUGUCCCUUAAACACCAAUAAGACACCCUCCGACUAUGACAUCCUGCUGCCCCCACAAGCAUUAGAAGACCCCUUCAACAGCCGCCCUCCAUCCCAGCCCCCCCCUCCUCCACCAGCCCGACAUAGCUUCACCGACCUCCCAUCCUCGACAUCCUCAUUCUACAACUUCUCCACCUCCGCCCCCUCUGCUGUAGCACAACCCCCCCGGCCCUACUCUGGACAUGAUCACCUGCUACUAACCCCCGACACAGUGUUGGACAUGUUGAGCAGUGCUGCUCCUCUGCCCCCCCUCAGACGACACACAGAUCAUGUGACAGGCUCCAGAGGCUUCCUGGAGUACGACCAUCUGCCCGGCACUCAGGUACUGCUGGACUGUUUGCAGGCCCCUGCCAGGCCCCCCAAGCCCCUGCCCAGGAACAUCCAUCCAUGCAUUCAGCCAGGCAAACCCCCCAGCUUGGAGUCAGAGAACGUCGAUGCCAAAAUUGCCAAGCUGAUGGGAGAGGGUUACUCCUUUGAGGAUGUGAAGCGGGCGCUGACGAUUGCUCAGUACAAAGUGGACGUGGCCCGAAACAUUCUGCGAGAGUUCGCCUUGGUGCCCCCAAGACUGAACCUCUAGCCCCAAACAGGGGACGGACUGACAGGAGUGGGCUUUUUUAUUCUGCGCAGAAACAGACUGAGGAGAGACAUGCCUUUUGUUGCCAAACAGAGAGAUCCCUCGAAACAAAGUGGCCUAAACCAAAUCACAGUAGAACACAGAGAAUGAAAAAGGGAGAUUAGACCGUUUGUGAAUGCUUUACCUGUGAAAGAAAAGGAAGCAGGCUGAUGAGCCAGCGACAUGUGGAUCUGGUUCAGAGGCUCCUGUUAGUCUCCAGGCUGGACUCUGGUUCAGAGGCUCCUGUUAGUCUCCAGGCUGGACUCUGGUUCAGAGGCUCCUGUUAUACCCCUUUCACACCAACGCAACUCCGGUUCAAGCUCCGUGCUAGAGCUUUUCAGGUUCAGAACCGGUACUUCGGUUUAG